GCGCGCGCACAAUAUCGAACAUAUUUUCGGUUUUAUUUUGAAUAUCAAGUUAAUUUAUAGCGCUGGUUUGAGAUCUGAAUCACUCGGCACUCGCGCGUGUUCUUAAAUCGCGGACGUUUUCUAUCAUAAGAAUUUUGGAACGUAGCGGUGAAAAAAACGGGUGGCGAAAAAACCUUUCUGUAUAAAGAAGGGGGCUAUUAUAUAGGAAGAAGGGGGCUAUUAACGGUGAAUAAAUCCGACUCUUGGUUUCGAAUCGUGGACAGGAUGAAGAAACUGCUGAAUCAGUGGUUGUGGUCAGAGAAGUUCUGGCUUCCUCCAAACAUUACAUGGCAUGACAUUGAAGGCACAAUAGGGGGUGGUCUCCAACCUCUUCCGAGUGACCUGCUUCUUGCAUUUCCUCUGGCACUGGGGUUCAUCGCUGUUCGGUUUGCUUUCGAAAGGGUGGUGGCUCUGCCGCUAAGCAGGACGCUUGGAGUGUUUGACAGGGUGCAGGUCCGAGUGCCACACAACCCCAAGCUGGAGGCUGUUUACUCACAGAGGAAGAAAUACUUCACACAGAAUGAGCUCAAGGGUCUGGAGAAGCAUUGUGGCCUCACGCAGCGUCAGAUUCAUAACUGGCUCAGGCUUCGCCGCAACCAGGACAAGCCGAGCAACACCAAGAAGUUCUGUGAAGCUUCGUGGAGGUUUAUUUUCUACCUCAUUGCAUUCAUGGCAGGACUCGCUGUCUUGAUUGAUACAGCCUGGUUUUGGGACCACCGUGAGUUCUGGCAUGGAUACCCCAAACAACCUGUGGCCAAGUCGCACUACUGGUACUACAUUCUGGAGCUCAGCUUUUACUGGUCCUUGCUGCUAUGCGUCUCUGUGGAUGUUAAACGCAAAGACUUCAAAGAGCAGAUCGUCCAUCACAUUGCCACCAUCUCACUGAUUAGCUUCUCCUACUGUAACAACUACAUACGGGUUGGUACAGUUGUGAUGCUGCUGCACGAUUCAUCCGACUUCCUGUUGGAGUCUGCUAAGAUGUUUAACUACGCUGGCUGGAAGAAGACAUGUGAUAGCCUGUUUGUUGUUUUUGCCGCUGUAUUCCUGGGAACUCGCCUUUUUGUUUUUCCGUGCAGGGUGCUUUACUCAACUUUUGUGGAGUCACUGGAUUUCUUCAAGCCAUUUCCUGCUUAUUACCUCUUCAAUGGCCUCCUUUUUGUGCUGCAGGCACUGCACAUUUUCUGGGCUAAUCUCAUUCUGAAGAUGCUCUACAAAUUUAUCUUCUUGGGCAAAGUGGAGAGGGACGAGCGGAGUGAUGAGAGUGAUGUUGAGGAGGAGGGAGAGGACAAUGGCAUGGAGGGAGAGUGUUGCUGGAAACAGAGCAAUGGAACACUCAACUCCAAGCUCAACUCACUGGCUAAAACCUGUGUCCUCAACAACUUGACCCACCAGAGGAAAAACAUGGACAGCAGACUGCCCAAGGGCAGAUAAUAUUCCUCCUGCACUUCACUUCACUUCAUGUUUUUAUUACAAACCAUCCAGCAUAAAAAAGAAGUAUAAGGGUAUUUGUAUGCAUUAUUUAACCCAUGAAAUGAAAUUUGCUUAUUUCUCAUAAAAGGUGACAGCAGUAGUCUUUACUUUUUAUGUUUUAAACGGAUAUACAGUCUUUUUAAACUUAAUUACUGUCCAUUGCAUCUAGUGUGUAUGUGUACUUACCUACACACUACUAUACUUAAGUAAAUAUUGCAACCUUUACACAGGACAUAUGAGGCAGACAGUAGUUUUAUUCAGGACUGGAGCAAACACCUAUUCUUUUCUCAAGGUCUCAACUAUGGCACUUACAACACACGUAGAACAUAGCAGUGUAGAGGAGUUAGGCCAAAAAAAUACUUGAGUAUUCACUUAAACUUUCAAACUCGACUUGCUAAUUGGGAAAUAUAUCCAAUGCAUUGAUUGCAUUACGUUCCUAGCAAUAAAUAACAGUAUUUAGAAAAAAUUUAGGCGUGGCU